AAUCGUUCACCAGGCAACUGCCGCAAUUUGAAGUUUACCAGUUUUCCAAAACCUGGCUACAGGUUGGAGAAUCACACGGUUCGAACUAUUGAAGUAUUCGACGAGGAUCUCUGCCAGUUACAAUGCUAUCUGGAACCUGACUGUGUCAGUUAUAACUUCCAUAAACUAAGACAGGCGCCUGGAACACACAAGUGUGAUCUGAAUAACGCGACCAUUGAACACAAUGGAGAACUGGUAAAAAGCGAAAGUCACAUUUACCGCGGAGCUGAGGUGAGGAUGACGUUUUUAAGCUAAGAGUAUAAUUCUCCUUCCACCCACCAGAAUAUAGGUUACGACAGUUGAACGUUUAAAAUUUUGAAAAAAAGAAUUAAGAGAGGCAUAUUUUGUUAUUUAAGAAUGACCACUUCUGGAGCUGUUUUUAUACAUUUAUAGGAUACAAGCAGAUUUUGCUCUCGCUCUAAACAGUGCCACGCUUGGAACGGGGAAAAGCUUGCGCGGAAUACAUGGACAUGAUGGAAGACGCGUAGAUUUCACAAACUUGCAUAACAUUCGGAACUCGCAAACAUGAAUGCACGCACAGAAGACAAACACAAAAAUUUAAGCGGUCGUAUUCUUUUUCUUCUUAAGAAUGCUUGCGCCAGUAAUCCUUGCAGAAAUAAUGCAACAUGCCAAGCUGGCUUUACACACAGAGAUUAUCAGUGUUUGUGUGCUUUUGGAUCUGGAUUCGAAGGCCACGAUUGUGAUAGAGGUGAGGAAUCCUAUAUUUUUUGUAGUCAGUAAAAUGAGUGUGUGGCCAUUUCUUAUCUGACAACGGGAACGUUAGCAUGAAGGCGAAAACACUUGUGGCCAGAACACGUCAAAUACACACAAACCCUUACAUAAAUAUGGCGCUCAUUUUGUUGUCUCAGACAUAGAUGACUGUUCUAGUGAAACAAACGGCUGUGAUGAGAAUGCGGAGUGUAACAAUACCCUGGGAUCUUACAAGUGCAUCUGUAAAGAUGGAUUUCAUGGGAAUGGAACUAACUGCAAAGGUAAUUUAGUUGUCUCAAGUGAGUUGACGAUAAAAUAGGCCACUGUUGCGAGUUUAAAAUCUAAAGUUUCUAGCGCUAUUCCUUUGUCAGAGCAAAUGGGGGAAUUACGGGUUGUGUGUCUGUUUACAUGCGGAAUAUGGAGUUACACUAUUGACGGGAACAUGGUAACGAGAAAGUUAGAAUAAAGUAGCUGACUAUAACAUCCCAAAAAUCUACUAAAGCAAACAAACGAGAAAACAAUAAAACUACAAAAUACAAGAUAACAAAAUAAAAACAGGUUUCGUACAAAAGAUGCUUCUUUUUUUAAUUCUCUAGACUUGAACGAAUGUGCUGACGGAACACACGACUGUGAUGUGAAUGCUGAGUGUAACAAUACCCUGGGAUCGUACAACUGCAUGUGUAAAGAUGGGUUUCAUGGAAAUGGAACUAACUGCAAAGGUAAUUUGGUAUCAUCAAGUGAGUUGAUAACGUAAAAUAGGCCACUAUUGUGAGUUUAAAAUCUGAAGUUUCGAGCGUUAGUCCUUCGUCAGAGCGAAUGGGGGAAUUGUGGGUUGUGUCUGUUUGUAUGCAGAAUGUGGAGUCAUGCUAUUGGUGGGAACACGGUAACAAUACAACAAAAAUAAAAUAGUUAACUCUAAGAUCUCAAAAAUUAAUUAAAGCAAACAAACGAGAAACAACAACACCACAAAACACAAGAUAACAAAAUAAAAACAGGUUCCGCACAAAAGAUGCUCCUUUUUUUAAUUCUCUAGACUUGGACGAAUGUGCUGACGGAACACACGACUGUGAUGUGAAUGCUGAGUGUAAAAGUACCCUGGGAUCGUACACGUGUAAAGAUGGAUUUCGUGGAAAUGGAACCAAAUGCAUAGGUAACUGCUAUUUUAUCAUUCUCUCUUAUAUCUCCUUAUUGAUGAUGGAGAUAUUCUUAACUACCCACCGAGUUACGUCUCUUAUGCUGAUGAGCUCGUACUGCUUAGCCUGCUGCCGGUAGAAUACCAUACAGAAAUUGGGGACAUUAUACUCUUGUACAAGUUUAAGUCUGGUGCUUAAACUUGUACAAGAGUGUAAUGUCCCUAAUUUCUGUAUGGUAUUCUACUGGCAGCAGGCCCAGCAGUACGAGCCCAUCAGUAUAAGAGACGUAACCCGGUGCGUAGCUAAGAAUAAACUUAGUUAGACACCUUUAGGUGUUCUCAAUUAAUGCUCCAUGUAUGAUGGUAUAAGGAGACCAUAGGCACGAGCAUUAUUCAAGUUUGGGUCUGACCAGAGGACAGCAAUGCAGCUUCCUUAUCUAAACGUCAUUGAUAUCGCGGCAAACUCGCCUGAUUUGCAAAGGGUUUUGUUGGACUUUGAGGUGAUUUCUUCUGCAUGCUCUGCCCAUUGGAGAUCACGGGAAUCAGUGAUGCUUAUAUCUUAAGCUUAAAGUACACACUCGAGCGAUGUCCAUCAAGGUCAACCAGGAGUUUUGGAGCGUUGAAAACUGUGCAGCUUGGUGAAUUCACCAGUUUCCGAGGAGUUACCAGCGAGAGUGAAAGCAUAUUUGCGGUUGAAAGUAGAUUCUAUGUUCAUUACCAGAGCCAGUGCGAAGAUAGUGUUAUGAAGAUAUAGUUAUUAAUGGGUUCGGAAGAAAAUGAUCAAUUCAGUCAGUCUUGCUUGUUAGUCGGAUUUUCUGGAAAUUUUUGCUUCGUUAUCUUAUUCUGCCGAAUUUACAGGAAUAUUUUUUCUAAGCGGUAGUGUGCAAUAUUGGCAAUACCCAAAACAAUUUACACUUUCUUAGCAGUACGAUAACUUUCCCUUUCAUUUUGCGAUUAUUAUACAGGAUUUACAGCAAUAUUUACAACUCUUGGUAUGAGUGGACGUACUGGUCCAGUCCAAAUUGGAAAUCACUACACAGGUCAGGAUCACGACAGGCAAGUUACAUUGUCCAGCGGUAUUCAACAAUGGACUGUGCCACACACUGGCGAAUACAGAAUAGAAGCAAUAGGAGCCUCAGGGGGGUACGGUGAGGACAGUAUCAUCAAGAACGGUGGAAGAGGGGCACGAAUGAUUGGAAACUUUAUUUUGACCAAAGAUGACAUCAUUCAUAUACUUGUUGGUCAAAAAGGGAAAAAAGGGAAGCAUAGCUUUAAAACUGCUGGAGGUGGUGGAGGUACAUUUGUUGUGAGACGAAACAACACGCCUUUAAUCAUAGCUGGAGGUGGAGGGGGAAUCAAAAAUAUGUCAGAACAACAUCCGGGAUGUGAUGCGUCCAUAAAUACCACUGCAAAUGCAGGGAACAACUCGCCGCUGGGGUCAGGUGGAAUAGAAGGACAAGGAAGACUUUUUAAUGGUAUGAAUUCUGGUUGGUGGAGAAUUUCCUUUUUAUAAAUGAGAAACUCGUUGCAUUCUACUGCCAUCCCUCACUAUCUCCAACCCAAUGAUAAAGUAAGUCGCAGAUAAUCAGAUUUUGAAGAAUUUAUAAAAACCGUAAUUAUCAAAUUUUAUGUUUAUUUUCUUUCACGACUCUUUUGGAAGCUAGCGCCUCAUACGAGACUUAAGAUUCUGUUAAAUUUUGCUCUUUUCUUUUCAAAUUUCCUACAUAUUUAGUGAAUUACCACAGAAAAUGACAUCGAAGAACUUGACAAGGCUUCUCAUUUCUUAAUUGCGGAUCUGGAUUAAACAGAAGAACUAAAUAAAGAGUCAAUUGCAGCAUUUUUACGCUGACUUGUCCUCAUAGGCUUUUUUGUUGCUAACAAUCUACACUAAUUAAACUCCAAAAAUCAAUAGCUAAAGUAAGUUUCGGAACACAGCGGAUCGUCGUUUGAUGGUAAGAAAUUAAAUUUAUGGGUGCUAUUUGUGAGAGAAUCACUGAUCACUUUUUGAUCGUACUGUAGGUGGUGGUGGCGGCGGCUUCCAUCGUAAUGGACAUGAUGCAACGAGCCUCAUUGAUAAAGGGGGAAAAGGAGGUUCAGGAUAUCUUCAGGGAGGAGAGGGUGGAAAGUUUUCCAGUGGGUUCGGAGGUGGCGGUGGUUUACUUACUUUCAACAAAGGACCCGGCGGUGGUGGUGGUUACACUGGGGGAAGUGGCGGGGCUAAUGAUGAUAUUUCCUGUGGAGGAGGGGGAGGAUCUUUUAACAAUGGAACAAAUCAACAAAAUGAAUGUUGCAAUAAUAGCGCUGGUCAUGGUUGGGUAAAUAUUACAUUUCUCCAAUGA